AACUGUGGGCCAAACCUUAGCUGAGGACAGAGACUGUGCAGGGUAGUAUUUUUGUCCAGCUCGUGCUGAAUUUAAAACAUAUUCAACCGAAAAGGCUGUUUUUAUUCUUUGGGGAUGAAGAAUUUUAGACUGGGAUAAGGUCUUGGAGGCCCAGAGAGGUCAUGUGAUAGCCUAAAGUCACAGAGUGGAAUUCUAAUCCCAGUAAAACUGGGACUAGAAAACACUGGAGUCCCUGGUCUUUCGCCUAAUACACUGGACUGCUCUGCAUUCACUUUUCCAGAGAUCCUCAGAAGAGGGAAAAUGGCAAAUGGAUGAGGAAAUUAAGGCAAAAAAGCAAUCAACUCUGACUGAAAAGCGACAGCGGGCUCGAGGACUGCUCAGGAUAUGCCACGGACCCGAAAGGCGUACCUGAGAAAAUGACACCCUGCUCACACCUGAGGAUGCAGACCAGGAGCACAAAAACAAACUUCAGACAUCUGAGCCCCAGCAGGGGAAUUGAUUCGGCACAGUGAUUACCUGGACGACAGAGAGACAAUGGAAGAAGCAUAGAUUCAGAGAUCCAGUGCCCCGUAAAACAUGCACUCGUGAUGCCCGUAAAUCAGCUAAUGGAGGAAACCAUGAGACGACCUCUUCCUGCUUUUAGGGGCGUGCAGCUGCUAGGGAUGCUGUUGCUGCUGGUCCGACCCCCGGCUCAGGUGAGAGCGGAAAGAGACCGAGAGGUGUUCUGCGGAGCUUGCAAGGCUCUGAUGGACGAGAUCGAGUAUGACGUGAUGAAGGCACGCCAGAAGAAGACGAUGGUGGUUGGGUCGUUCCGAAUCAACCCUGAUGGGACGCAGCAGAGAAAAAAGAUUUCCUUAGCCAAGUCAGAGGCAUUCUUAACAGAAGUUCUGGAAAACGUAUGUAACAGAAUGAAUGACUACAAACUUGAAGAGGACCCCCAAACUAAGGAGAAAUCAUUCAAGAGAUUUGCCCCCAGGAAAGGGGAUAAAAUAUACGAAGAAUUUAAAAGAUUUUAUUUUUAUUCUGAUGCUUACAAACCUUUGAAAUUUGCGUGUGAAACUAUAAUAGAAGAGUAUGAAGAUGAAAUAUACGCACUUAUCGCCCAAGAGGCAGUCUAUCUAGCUGACAAGCUGUGCAGUGAAAAAUCAGAUCUCUGUGGAGCUCCAUCAGCUACCCAUACAGAGUUUUAGCGGGAACUAACCUACUAGUUUCUGAGGGAAGUAAGGUGGCAAUCCCCAAAGAAGUCUUUUUAUACCCUACCUGUGUCCUUACCUAUUGGUGCUAGAAGAAUCUGUGCUUCUAUCUGAUAGGGGCGUAAACUUAUUGUAGAUUUAAUGUACUGAGAUCCUCAGACUUAGUUUUUGAAUGAAAACCUGCAUGUUCUGGUGACAACAAUUCAGUGACAAAUUUUUUUACCCCUUGUACUUUCUGUAGCUAAAGUAGCAGUAUUCAUAAAGUGUUCAAAUUGGUAACUGGUAAGAAAAUGCACUGUUUUCUUGCGGGGAAAAAAAUGAGACUUCUGAUUAGCAAAACAUGAAUUAAUAUGCUUUGGGUAAAUAUUUUGUUAGCAAAUUGGUCUUGUUUUUCAAAGUAAUAAGAAUUUAAUUCUCAUGUACUUGAUUGGCAAAGCGUGUAAAGAAAUAUUGCUAACAAUUAGCUUAUUAAUCUUUUCAGACAUGGCAUCUGGUUUAGCAUUGAUGGGGUCCAAAGUGUUCAUCCUGACCAUUGUAAAGGAUAAAACUCAAGUAACUUUUUAUCCUUCAAAAAGGUGAACAAAGAAGAAGUUAAAGAAAUGUAUAUGCUAGUCACAUUUUGAUUUCCAUUGUAAAGUUUUAAUAAAAGUGAUAUUUAAACUGCGUAGGAAA